CUAGCUGACAUAUGCACGACCUGGUUGGUGGUAUCCAUCAUGCUUUUAGUCAACCGCGCGCGCAAGCGCAAGAGGCAGGUACCAUACCAUUCAUGCACAGCACAGGAACGCUCAAGUUUGCAGGCCAGCUAGUCACCCCGCCCCCGGGUUUCGCUAGCUACAUUGACGAAUGAGCCACGCUUGCUUCAUUUGCUAGAAAUCGCCAACUGCCAGCCAUGACACAGCCGGGCCGAUGGCAGGCAGGCAGAGGCAGCAGGUAUAUAAACCCCAGUUCAGUCCACGGCUACGAUCUUCAGAGGAGGAGAUUCGCUCGAGUUCCACGAGCAGGCAGCAAUGGCGAUUGGAGCAGCGGAUGAUGGUUCGCACCAGCAGCUUGCUGACCAGGCCGCAAACAUCCUCGAGAAUGUGUGGGCUGCCAUCAUAGGCUCCGGAACCCCGGCGGCGCCUUCGACGACCGAGAUGAGGCCGCCGGAGGCGAUCUUGGAGAGGCUUCCCAGCCUGGGGAGGUGGAUUUCCAUGGGAGCCGAGGAGUGGGACGAGCUCCUGCUCAAUGGCGCGGCGCUCGCGUCGGACGCCGCCGCCUCCGGCGAGUUGCUCAUCGCUGCCUCGCCGGCGGCGAGCCAAGAAGCAGACCGGCAGCACGGCCACCGGGCCAGCUGCAGCUCCAAGGCGGCGGCGGCGUGCAAGAGCUACCGGGGCGUGAGGCGGCGGCCGUGGGGCAAGUUUGCGGCGGAGAUACGGGACACGCGGCGGAAAGGCGCGCGGGUGUGGCUGGGCACGUUCGCGACCGCCGAGGACGCCGCGCUGGCCUACGACAAGGCGGCGCUGCGCAUGCGCGGCCCCCGCGCGCACCUCAACUUCCCGCUCGACGUGGUGCAGCGCGAACUGGCGGCGGCCGCGGCCCGGGACGACGGCUGCGCCGAGACGGCCCGCGUGUUGCGCCGGAAGAGGAGGGUAGCUAAUCACGAUGAUUCUGCUGUUGGUACAAGAAGCCAUCAUCGGAGUGUGAUGCCGGCAACUGGCCGUGAUCCGACUCCGACCAUGGUGUCGUUCGCUUGUGCGAGGAAAGAUCAGGGGACGCCGCCGGCAAUGAUGCAAGGACGCUCGACCAGUGAUCCAGGAGCAGUGAUCGAGUUCGAGGACAUCGGUGGCGAGUACUGGGACUACUUGUUCACAUAAUUAUUAGUGCCUUUUCCUGUGUGUUUGGACUAACGGUCCUAACCAACUAGUGAAAUAAUAUCGUGUAUCCAAAAUUUAGAUGGUGUGCGAGCUGACACAAGCAAUGUAUACUGGUUCGAGCAAUGUGAUGCCCGGCCUACUUCCAGCAAAGUGGGAUGAAACUUAUAUUACUCGCACAAAGGUGCCUGCAAUAGAGAUUACAAGCACGGCGACAGAGGGGAAGUCACCAAGUCA